GGUUCUGAUGUUAAUCUCCCUUUGCAAGCACUUUCCUCAAUAAACUCCUCAGUCCGCUCUGCCAACACGCUCUGGUUCCACAGGGAAUGCCGGUGACGUCUUUGGCUCUGCAUCUAUUGCCUCUCUUUGGAACGGAAACGUGACCGCCCUUUGAGGACUGAGACGAGCCGACGGUAUAAAACCAGAAACUUUCAGGCUGUUGACAGUCAGACUUGUACCCAGAGAGGUUUGGGUAGGAGUAACUCAGCUCGCCCUGCAUCGGACAGAGGGCAGAACUCAAACGACCCCGCAAAAGAGACCAGCUAGAAGAGAGGCGAAGAUAUAUCGACAGGUCUUCCUCAGUCACACAGGCGACUCCUUCAGCACCAAGGACAGCGAUCGACGCCAGCACAGAGCGCGUUCCUUUUGGACCCUUCGAAAUGGUGAUCAGAUUCGAUUCCCAGUCGGUGACGCUUUUCGCGCUCCUCAGCGUCCUCUGCUCCCGGGGAUCGGCCUUCCCGGCGCUGGGCAGUUACUCCGAUCUAAGACUGGGAGAUGCCGUUGGGUUUGAUGAGCAGGGCAAAACGGACCGCUCACAUUUACCGUUGAAAACCGACGACGACAUUGACCAAAGCCCCUUGUUCGACAGUGAAAAUCUCUACCGCAGGUCCGAAACCUUCCCGAGAGUAACGCGACACUCUGAUGGUCUUUUCACCAGCGAAUACAGCAAAGCGCUGGGCAAGAUAGCCGCCAGAAAGUACCUGGAAUCACUGAGGGGCCAUGGGUCGAACCCAGACACCGUCUCAGACACUGCGUCGCUUGGUGAGAACUAAGCUGUGGUCGAUGGCCUUUUGAAUCACCUUCCAACUUUUAACCCCUAAAGAACAUUCGAUUACCUACCGAACUGAAAACUACACACAGCCUUUUUUGACUACUAACCUAGAGUGAAAGCCUAUCAGUGUCAAGUUCCAAACCAACGUGUUGUGCAGUGAAUGUUUUGUUGACCCAUUUAGUUCUUCAUAAAUGAAAGUCAAUAUUUACACACACUGUAAAUAACAGCUCUGUUUUUUUCUCAA